AGCAGUCGUGUGUACGCACGUGUUAGCUAGCUUAAACAUGCAUCUGCUUUUUCUUACGAUUUUCGGAAGGCUUCAAUGAGAUACAUGCUUAAUCAUAAAUUUGGUUUUCAGCAUUAAUAAGCGGAAAAUAUGCCUAGUCUACGUGAAGUACAAACACCUAAUUUUGGUGUACCUAAAGAUAAACAAUACGAGGUUUUAUUAAAUGCAAGUAUUGCCCAUGUUGACUCAUUUAAUUAUGUGUUAAGAGAAGGACUCACUCAUAUGAUACAGAGUAUCCCACCACUGGAAAUGGGUCUUCCAAAUGGUGAUCGUGUUCAAGUUCAACUAAGAAAUUGCUAUAUUGAAAUGCCCAGAGUGAAACGAGAUGCUGUUGCUAAAACUUUUAAAGUUUAUCCAGCUGAGUGUCGAAGUCGUCAUGUAACUUACAAGGGCUUCUUUCAUUUGACUACCUCUUGGUCUUUAAAUGGAGUUAUUCAAGAUGUGGUUGAAAAGACAAUUGGUGAAGUACCUAUCAUGGUAAAGUCUCAAGCUUGUAAUUUGGAUAAAUUAACUCCAAAACAACUUGUUCAAGUUGGUGAAGAAGAAAAUGAAUUUGGUGGUUAUUUUAUAAUUAAUGGUUUGGAAAAAGUCAUUAGAUUAUUAAUUGCACAAAGAAGAAAUUAUCCUAUAGCCAUGCAAAGAAAUUCAUGGAAAAAAAGAGGUGAUUUGUUUACAGAAUAUGGAGUAGCUGUCAGAUCUGUUAGAAAAGAUCAAUCGGGUGUGAAUCUUGUUAUGCAUUAUCUUUCUGAUGGAACCGUAAAACUUAUGUUUACUUACAAGCGAGAGAUGUAUAUUGUUCCAGUGAUGGUAAUACUUAAGGCCCUUAUAAAUGAAGUAGAUUAUUAUAUUUACAAACAGCUUAUUAAAGGAAAGGAAGAAGAUACAUUUUUUCAAGGCUGUAUAAAAACCAUGUUGAGAAAAAUGGCAUCAGAAGGUAUUUAUUUUCAAGAGCAAGCCCUUAAUUAUCUUGGUGAAAAGUUUACUGUCAAACUUAAUUUACCAUCUUGGUAUUCUCCUAUUGAGAUUGCAAAGUUUUUACUUGAACAAUGUAUUUGUGUUCACUUAGAAACUGGUGAAGAAAAAUUUAACUUCCUUGUGGUUAUGAUUCAAAAACUGUUUGCUGUUGUAAAAAAUGAAUGUGCUCUUGAAUCUGCAGAUAACCUCAUGAAUCAAGAAAUAUUAACGCCUGGAAGUCUUUAUCUCAUUAUACUCAAAGAAAGACUAUACUCUUGGCUUACAUCUGUUCGAGUAAAUAUUGAAAAGAAAUUAAAAUCUGCUAAAAAUUCUGUUCUCACCCUAGCUUUAAUGAGAGAUUGCUUUGCUCGUUCAAUGGACAUAACUCGAUCUGUUGAAAAUGUCUUGGCUACAGGAAAUUUUAUCCCACGUUAUGAAAGUAGUUUACAGCAAAAUACUGGAUUGGUAAUUGUAGCAGAUAAGUUGAAUUUCUGGCGUUAUCUUUCCCAUUUUCGUGCUGUUCACAGAGGGGCAUUUUUUGCUCAAAUGCGUACAACAACAGUUAGAAAGCUUUUGCCUGAAGCUUGGGGGUUCUUAUGUCCUGUUCAUACUCCUGAUGGAACGCCAUGUGGUCUGCUAAAUCAUAUGGCUCUCACAUGUCAGGUUGUUAGUUCUGAGCCAUCUAAAGAUCAUUUGUACAACUUAUUUUGCAAAUAUGGAAUGGUUCCUUCAGAUGAUCCUAUAUCUAUUCAUUCUGACUUUUAUAUAGUUAUGUUUGAUGGUAGGUUAGUUGGUCGAAUUUUAGAAAAAAUGGCUCACAAUUUUGUAUUAAAAUUGAGGUCACUGAAGUCUCGCGGUGAAGAAAAGGUACCGAAUCAUAUGGAAAUAUGUUUCAUACCCAGAACAAAGCAUGCUUCUCAAUUCCCUGGGAUAUUUAUUUUUACAACACUUGCACGAAUGAUGAGACCUGUGAAGAAUCUUAUCACAAAUUCCACUGAACUCAUAGGUACUAUGGAACAAGUUUAUCUUCAUGUUGCUUUAAAUCCUGAAGAUGUUUAUCCGGGUUUAACAUUUCAUCAAGAAAUUGCUCCUACAAAUGUGCUUAGCAUUCUAGCAAAUCAAAUACCUUAUUCAGACUUCAAUCAAAGCCCCAGAAAUAUGUAUGAAUGUCAGAUGGGUAAACAAACAAUGGGUACAUCAUGCCAUGCUCUCAGAUACAGAUCUGAUAAUAAACUAUAUCAUCUACGAACACCUCAGUCACCAGUUGUUCGGCCUGAAAUGCAUGACUAUUUUCAUAUGGAUGAUUUCCCUCUUGGUACAAAUGCUAUUGUAGCAGUUAUAUCAUAUUCAGGUUAUGAUAUGGAAGAUGCUAUUGUAUUAAAUAAAUCUUCUGUUGAAAGAGGUUUCAAGCAUGCAAGUAUAUACAAAACAGAAAUUAUAAAUUUGCGUGCGAUUGCUGGUGAUCGAGGAACUCAAAAAACUUUUGCAUUUGCUCGAGAAAAAGAUGGAAAACAUGCCAAUUUUAUUGAUGUUGAUGGCCUUCCUUAUAUAGGUACAAGAUUAAAUUAUGGUGAUCCGAUUUGUUGUUAUAUAGAUCAAACUACAGGUACUGCAUCUUAUGUGAAAUAUAAGUCGGUUGAAGUAGCUUAUGUUGAGGAUGUAAAGCUUUUAAGCAAUGACAGUGGUACCGACACAAAUCAACAAGUUGCAAUCAAAUAUAGAAUACCUAGAAAUCCCAUAAUAGGUGAUAAAUUUGCAAGUAGGCAUGGACAGAAAGGUAUAUGCAGUAUAAUGUUACCACAAGAAGACUUGCCAUUUACUGAUAGUGGAAUGACACCAGAUAUAAUUUUCAACCCUCAUGGUUUUCCAUCUCGUAUGACAAUUGGAAUGAUGAUUGAAAGCAUGGCUGGUAAAUCUGCUGCAAUGAAUGGUACUCUUCAUGAUGCCACUCCUUUCAAGUUUUCAGAAAAUAAUACAGCUAUUGAAUAUUUUGGUGAAUGCUUGAAAAAAGCUGGAUAUGAUUAUUAUGGUACAGAACGAAUGUACAGUGGUGUCAGCGGUGAGGAGCUGGAAGCAGAUAUCUUUUUUGGAGUUGUUUAUUAUCAGAGACUGAGACAUAUGGUUUCUGAUAAAUAUCAAGUAAGAACCACUGGACCUGUUGAUCCUCUCACUAGACAACCUGUGAAAGGCCGUAAACGAGAUGGGGGUGUCAGAUUUGGAGAAAUGGAAAGGGAUGCUUUGAUUGCACAUGGAACUGCAGGAUUACUUCUCGAUAGACUUUUCAUGUGUUCAGAUGCUUCUCAGCAAUAUGUAUGUGUCAAAUGCCAAGAUCUUCUUUCACCUAUUUUGAAGAAGCAAGAGCAACCAUUUAUAAGUUACAAAGAGUGGAUAUGUAAGCUUUGUGGUUCCAGUGAAGAUGUUGCACUAAUAGAUAUUCCAUAUGUGCUUCGAUAUUUAUGUGUUGAAUUGGCCGCCAUGAACAUUAAAGUUAAUUUGGAAAUUGGCGAUUUUAUGUGAUAUAAAUGUUUAGUCAGUUUCAUCAGAGAUAAAGCAUUUGUUGUGGUUUAAUGUCCUUGUUGAGAAUUUCAUUCAUGUAUAUCUUUUUGAAGUUAUUCCUAGCAUCA